AUGGAGUCAAAUGGAACUACACCUCGCCCAGAGGGGCCUGAGGGGACUUUGAAGCCUCCGGAGGGAAUGGUUCUUCCCCCAAAGGAUAUCCGAAAAGCCGUCGAGACCACCGCAAGCUACGUCGUUCGCCAUAAAGGCACUUUCGAAGACCGUAUCCGCCAGAAGGAAAAGAACAACUACAAAUUCUCUUUCCUAACACCUGGAGAUGCUUAUGAGCCCUACUAUCAAUGGUAUACAGCCGAGUACAAAGCAGGUCGAGUGGGAGGAUUAGCAGGGCGAGCUGGCGAGGCCGUCUCCGCCGCGGAACCCGAAAAGCCCAAGGGGCCACCUGAGCCGUCCUCGUUCCACUUCUCGGCACGCAUGCCUAUUAUCAACGCACAGGAUUUGGAUGUAGUCAAGCUCACCGCAUUGUUUGUUGCAAAGCGGGGGAAGUCAUUCAUGACUGCGCUAUCGCAGCGCGAGGCCAGAAAUUUCCAAUUCGAUUUCUUGCGACCACAACAUAGUCUGUACCAAUUCUUCACUCGAUUGGUCGACCAAUACACUAUCUUGCUUCGCGCCGAGGGAAUUGACGAAGCGACUACAGCCACCAAAAGAAUCGCAGAACUGGAACAAAAUGCAAAGAAUAAAUUCAACGUGAUGGAGCGCGCUAAGCAGCGCGCAGAAUGGGUGAAAUAUCAACGGCAACAAAAGCAAGAGAAGGAAGAGCAAAGUGAACAGGAACGGAUUGAGUAUGCCCAGAUCGACUGGCAUGACUUCGUCGUGGUCGAGACCGUCGAGUUCACCGAGCACGACGACCACGCGGACUUGCCACCGCCAACCUCCGCCAAUGACUUGCAGUCCGCCUCCCUUGAACAAAGAGCAGCACUCUCGCUCAACACACGGCGCAUUGAGGAAGCAAUGCCUAACGGCCUCGAUGAACCUGUCUACUACAACGCUUACCCAGUCCAACCCACACCCAUGCACGCACCCCAACCCUCGGUCUCGCCCUACCCAGCAAGCCCCUACCCUCCAGCAGGCCAGUACCCCAACGCAGAAGAGGAGCAGCGCAUUCGCGAGCGGACCCAAGCGCGCGACCAAGCCGCCGCCGCCCAGGCAGCAGCCAUCCCAGGCCAACAGCCAAUCCGCAUCCGCUCAGACUACGUACCGCGAGCCCAGGCCCGCCGUCAACAAGCCCAGAUGGCGAUCUGCCCUUACUGCAACCAGAAAGUGCCCUUCCCCGAGCUGGACGAGCACAUCCGUAUCGAGUUGCUCGAUCCGCGCUGGAAAGAGCAGCGUGCGAAGGCCGAAGCCCGCAGUGCCACCACCAACCUGUCCACCGUCGACGUGGUCAACAACCUCAAGCGCCUUGCAAGCCAGCGCAGCGAUGUCUUCGACCCUGCCCCCAUCGACCCAGAGGAGGAAGCCCGCCGCAAGCGAAUGGCUAUGGGUGCCGAUGGCUCAGCUGGCCCACAAAACCCCAACGCUGGCCCGGCUGGCGCGCAAAGUCCCCAGAGUAUGAAUAUCGAAGACCAGCUCCGACAUAUCCAUCAGCUUGCCAAGAAAUGA